UUGGUUCAUUUGCGUCUUGGUCGUUGCAUUGCAUUGCAUUGCAGGGUUAGAAAGGCAGUGAAGGAGUGGAAUAAGUAGGUAGUAGAGUGGAGGAAUCAAGUCGAGUCUGUUGCGGUACGGGGAUUGACAAAAGCCGAUUGCGACGCAUCGUACCGAUUCCGAUAGAACGGACGAAGGGAUCGGAACUCGAACGACGACGACGACGACUCCUCACGGUGGGCUUUACUACGUACGUUCACGCUGUACACGUCAAGUACAAGUACAGACAUAUCAUACACACGCAUGAAGGCACCGGUACGGAAUCACCCACUGGACGGUAGGUCCGAGACGUCUCGGUAUCGAUCGGCACGUCGGUGCGUGGAGUUGUUGGGAUGGAUCGCUCUGUCCCGGAACGGCCGUUCGCACGUCGAGGCUUGGUCCUUCGUUCCUUAUCCACACCUUCGGUUGAGUCGGCCCUACCAUUGUCCGUCCACGACGUUGCACGGCGGGGAGAAAAUGUCCCAUUGUCGAAGGCUUGGUAUACCCGUAAGUACGGUGGCGCCAAACGGGAUUUUCCCUCGCAAACGACGCACCCAUCGAUGGAGUCAAGCCGACGAGGGAGACGACGCCAUUGACCACAACUCGCUCGAAGAGCAUACACCAUCUGAGAUAACGGCGAUACCGUGUACCAACGGAGAAGCAGUAUCCUCCAACCACACCGCUACUACAACUUCGAAUCUGUCCUUUACUCCUUCCACCGCAACUACAACAACUUCGGCACAUGGUAGCAAAGUCCCUACUUAUCGGCAACUCAUCAUCUUUGCCUCCACAACCAUUCUCAUUUGGCUCAGCGAACCGCUACUCAGCUUGGUCGACACCACCGUUGUCGGUAUUACCCAACAAAACGCUAUUGUACAGCUCGCUUCUCUAGGACCAUCUACUACACUCAUUGACAGUUUACUAUACCUCACGUACUUUCUGGCCAUUGCCACCACCAAUCUUAUUUCCAAAGGAAUCGCCGUUCGGGACUACCGCGGUCUCCAGCGCACCACCUCGCACGUUUUAGGCGUGGCCACGCUUCUGGGUACCGUCACCACGGUCAUUGUUUGGGGAGCCGGUGGCCUGGUUUUGCGUAACAUGGCGGGCGCCAGUGGGACGCCGGAACUCCUAGCCUUUGCCACCCGCUACGCUUGGAUUCGAGCAUCAGUGGCCGUCAGCUCCGUUGUCGGUAUGGUGGCCCAAUCCUUCUGUUUGGCCACGCUGAAUACCCGAACACCGGCCAUGGCAGUUCUAGCCGCUUCCGUCACCAAUCUGGCCGGGGAUUUGGCUUUGGCCCCGCGCUACGGUGUCCAGGGAGCCGCGUUGGCCACGGCGGCGGCUAGUCUCGUAUCCACCAGCAUUCUCAUGCAGGCGGUACGCCGGAAAAUGCAAAUAUGGCGACGAAUGGAAGUGCAGGGGGACCCAUCCGGCGCAGUUAACGAAAUACGCGUCCCGGAAAAGCUCCAGUACCGAGACGCCGCCCCGGCAGCAGAGAAUACGACACAAAUUGCCAUUGGCAAUGUGGAGUACGAUUCAUCGAUACAAGCAAACGAUGUUUUGGUGGCCACCGCCUCCACCGUUCCAGAAAUGAAUCCGCUGUCGCAUCAGGAAAUUCCCCUCUUGUCCUUGCCUGGUCGUCAGGAUAUGCUAGAGCUCGUCAAACUUUCCGGUCCUAUAUUUUUUGUCAUUCUAGCCAAAGUAGCCUGCUACGGGGCCAUGACUAUACGAUGCACCGACUUUGGGGUCGUCUCUUUGGCCGCACACAAUAUUAUGAUGCGCGUCUUUUUCUUCUUUGGCUGCUUCGGCGAUGCCGUCUCGCAAACGGCCCAGUCGUUCAUGCCCGCGACGCUGUACCCCAAGCCUUCCACCAAGGACUUUCGGGGUAUCUUGAAGAAACUCAUCGUGUUGGUAGGAGUCAUUGCCUUUUGGAACUGCCAGGUGUCUACCCGGAUUUUGCAAUCGUUAGGUCGUUACCUGAGCAAUGACGCGAGUAUAGUGGCCAUGAUGCGCGACCAUGCACACUAUUUGGGUGCCGCACUCGCUCUACACCCGUUCAUUCUUUUGUGUGAAGGGACGGUCAUUGCGGCGCGGGACUUCACCACCCUGGUGGCCACCUACGUGGUCACGCUGGGAAUUCAUUUUAGCAUUCUGAAAUUCUUUUGUGCCUCUUUCCCCGCGGUUUGGCGCACCUUCUUUUUGUUCCAAGGAAUCCGGCUUUUCAACUUUUCCACCCGUGUGUGGCGCAAACAAGCAGCCAUUCGCCAAGAAGAGCAACGAGCUCUCCAAAUCUGAUUUUAUCUAACGCAGUGAUGGAACUAGGCAAUGGAAACCAUGCCACAUCCGAGGAAGGGAUUGGGUUGACCACAAUCCAAAUGAUGUUCUGUGACGCUUCAUCCGCCAGACACGUAAAAUUGUGCCGAAGGCGGUUCCUUUUGCUUGGCAAGAUCCAGUCUCUGGCUCGUUGCGUAUCGGGAUGUGGGAGAUGGCAUCCAUGAAUUCGGAGGAUCUUCUAUUGCGCUAGGGCAAUGAGUCGUUUUCGUCGACUUGGUAUUACAUUGCGGCUUGUGGAGGGUAUAGACCCACACUAAUCGCAUUUG